GCUGACAGCCAGUCUGUGUGCAGCACUGUAAUUGACUAGCAUGUGGUAUCAUUUCUGUCUCAGGCUCAUGGAUUUGAGGAAGCUUGCUUUGGGGAAGUUUAUCCUGCUUUGGGUGCAGUCAGGUAUUGCUAACAAGGAGCAAUGGAGCUACCAAGAAGGUGACUUGAAUGAAGCUCAUUGGGGUUUGAAAUAUCCAGCCUGUGUUGGCUCACACCAAUCUCCAAUUGAUAUCCAGAGGAAAAAAGUGAAGUUUAAUAUGAGCCUACCCCAUUUAGAGUUAAGUGGAUAUGACGGACUACACGAGGAGCCAUUCCUGAUGAUCAAUAAUGGACAUUCAGUUGCAAUAAACUUGCCACCCUCCAUGUUUAUCAGCAAAGGGUUGCCAAAUCGUUACACAGCAGUUCAGAUGCAUUUCCAUUGGGGUGGGCUUGACUUGGAGAGCAGUGGCUCAGAGCAUACAAUUGAUGGCAUCCGCUAUGUGGCAGAGCUGCAUAUUGUUCAUUAUAAUUCAGACAAAUACAGCAGUUUCUUGGAAGCUUCAGAUAAAGAAGAUGGAUUGGCUGUGCUUGCGUUUUUCUAUGAGGAUGGACACUUCGAAAACACAUACUACAGUGACUUCAUAUCCAGCUUAAGCAAAAUCAAAUAUGCAGGGCAAUCCACAGAAAUACAACCAAUAGACAUUACCACCUUGCUGCCUCAUAACCUCUCAAACUUCUAUAGGUACAGAGGCUCUUUAACAACUCCACCUUGUUUUGAGUCAAUAAUCUGGACCAUUUUUGACACACCAAUUGUGCUCUCAUCUAAUCAGAUCAGGCUAUUGGAGACUUCUGUGCUGGACUGGGAAAACAAAACUUUGAGAAAUGAUUAUCGACACGCACAACCUGUCAAUGAUAGAAUUGUGGAAGCCUCUUUUCAACCCGCCCUGAUGAAAGCAGGUUCCUACUAUCUUGAAACAAUUCAUGAAAAGCUGGACAAAAUUGAAGGGAUUCUGAACCAUGUUGACGCGAAUUCAGAAUCAAGACUUACAGGUAGCAAAUUGCCUUUUUAUCCCAGUUUUCACUUCUGUGAGGAAAGCCUUUCCAGUUACGUUCAGAUCCAGACCCUUUGCAGCAUGAAUCUCAGUUCCUUUACCAUCUGCCUCUGGGUCAGAACAAGAGAUGUCCAGCCAAGAAUUCUUCUGUCGUAUGCAACAGCGGAUAGUGACAACGAACUGGUCAUCUCUGUGGGUCUCGACUGGGGGCUAUGGAUUGGAGGGCAUUUUGUGAACAUGCCAUUGUCUUUCAGUCCAAAUGAAUGGGUGCACUACUGUGUGACAUGGACAUCUCAAUCAGGGGCUGUGGAAAUGUGGAAUAAUGGGCUGUCAGGAAAGAUCAAUUAUUUUAAGAAAGGGUAUGUUAUUAAAACUGGUGGUACUGUGCUGCUGGGUAAAGAUCACGAUGGCAUUGUGGGCAUGUCAUCUGAUGCUUUCAUUGGUGACAUUAGCGCUGUUAACAUGUGGGAUUAUGUUCUCACUCCCUUGGAAAUUCGAAAUUUAAUGGAAUGCCGAUACAGGUGGAAAAGGGGAAAUGUUAUAGGUUGGGGGAAGAGUUCCACAACAGUGUUUGGUGGGGUGAAACUCGAAGAGGAUAGCACUUGUUUGGGGUAAUUUAUUUCCAUUACAAUGUGCUACAUGGGGCCAGGGAAAUAUUAAUCAGUUCACCUUUAGCACAAAUCUGUGGUUUGGGAAAGUAGGUACAGUUUUAAAUUUACAGAUUGAUUUUGAGAAUCACUAGUAAAUGGGUCAUAAAAGGCUACACAUUGAGUAGACAGGUCAGAAUUAUCUCUAUCAUUAAAUGUGAUGCUAUAGUUGUGGGGAGCCAGACACAUGCGGUAAUGUUACUGGAUGAAUAAUCCAGAGCCAGACUAAUGCUUUGUGAACAUGGGUUCAAAUCAUACUCAGCAGGUGGUGGAAUUUAAAUUCAGUGAAUAAAAUCUGGGAUUGAAAGCUAGUCUGAGUAAUAAUGGUCAUGAAACUACCAUCAGUCGGUAUAAAGAACCCAUCUGCUUUACUAAUGUCCUUUAAAGGAUGGUCUUGUGAUGUAAUGUUAACACACCUGACUCCAGAUCAUUAGGAAUGAGAUGAAGAGCGUAUACUCAGACUCUCAUGCUCCUCGGAUGCUGCCUGACCUGCUGUGCCUUUCCAGCGCCACUCUUUAGACUUGAAAUGCCAUCAUCUGGCUACGGACCAGAUGCUGGAAA